AUUGCAAAUGGUUCAUAGUCAUAGAUUACGAUGUGGUCUUUUUUGUGGAAUUUCAGUUAAAAUGUGUUUUACACGAAAAUAAAAUUUAAUGCAUUUAUACAAUCGAAUGCUGUUAUUGUAUAUAUUGAAAAAAAUCUUUUAAGGAGGGUGGAAACUAUUUUAAUAUUAAUUGAAUUUUUGUCCUGUGAUAUUCGAAUUUCGGAAGUUACAAAUUUUCUGGCUCUUGAUAAUUUUCGUGUGUUUUCGGUGGUGGAACAAUGACUACAUCUUCCGAGGAUGUAUUGCUUAGCGUUAGCUAUGUAAGAUAUAAGAAAGGUGAUGGAACUUUAUACGUAAUGAAUCAAAGAUUGGCCUGGAUGUUAGAAAAUCGGGAUACAGUAGCGGUCUCACAUAAAUAUGCUGAUAUUAAAACACAAAAAAUCUCACCAGCUGGCAAACCAAAGGUGCAGUUGCAGGUGGUGUUGCAUGAUGGCACAUGUUCCACAUUCCACUUCGUGAAUCCGGCCGGUGCGGAGGCUCAGGCAAAAGACAGGGACCAGGUGAAGAUGCUACUGCAGAAUCUUUUGCCCAAAUUCAAAAGACAGAUAGACGGCGAGCUUGAAAUGAAAUCAAGGUUACUGUCCCUUCAUCCUAUUUUAAAGCAUUUAUAUGAAGACUUAGUGAUAUCAAAAGUGAUAAACAGUGAGGAGUAUUGGAACACGCCGACCUUGAAACAGUACACGGAGUCCAACAAUAUUAAACAAGAGGCUGGUGUUUCUGGGGCAUUCUUGGCGGACAUACAGCCUCAGACGGACGGGUGCAAUGGCCUCAAAUACAACCUCACGCAGGAUAUUAUAGACGCCAUAUUUAAAACGUACCCGGCAGUGAGGAAGAAACAUAUAGACUAUGUACCCAAUAAGAUGACCGAAGCAGAGUUCUGGACUAAGUUUUUCCAGUCACAUUAUUUUCAUAGGGAUCGUAUAGCGUCAUCUUCCAGCAAAGAUCUGUUUGGUGAAUGUGCCAAAAUGGACGACCAGGCGAUCGCGUCCGCUAUGAAACACACAACUCUGGAUCUCACAGUGGACCUGCCGCAGUUCAGCGAGGCCGGCGCCCUGGACGAGGAGGCGGAGCGUGAGCACGCCGCCUGCAGCUCCAUACACCGCAACAUGAUCAAGCGGUUCAACCAACACUCCAUCAUGGUGCUCAAAGCUAGUCAUAAAACAAAUUCUAGUAAUAUUAAUAAUAGCGGUAAUAGUAAUAAAACAAAUAACAACAAAGUUGUUGAGAACGGAAUGAAGGAGACGAACGGCGUGGCGGAGAAGCGGCCCGCGGAAGAGAACAGCACAGAGCCUCCCGAUAGGAAAAGGAGGAUAUUAGAGAAGAUACACUACGAGGACCUAGAAGACAGCAAUACGAAUGAAAGUGUACAGGAAUUGAAAUUAUCAAAGGUGGAGCGCUACGUGCUGGGCGCGGCGGCGCCGGCGGCGGCGCCCGGCGGCCUCACGCCGCCCGUCUCCGCGCUAGCGUCCGUUUGUCAGGCGUGGGCGGGCGGCGCGCGGCCGCUGCGCGCGAGCGCGGGCGCCGCGGUGGGCGCGCUCGGCGAGCUCAGCCCCGGCGGCGCGCUCAUGCGCCUGCACAGCGCCGCCUGCAUGCACCAACUAAUCCCGGCGGACGUGAAGAACGAGCUGCAGCGACUAUAUCUGUCGGCGGGGGAGCUGUUGCGUGAAUUGUGGCGCAGCCUGCCGCAGCCCACGACCGCGCCCGAGGAAGAAGGUGCAGCACGCGCCGCCAAGUUCUACGACGCGCUGCUGCGGUUCAGAAACGUCAAGUUACGACCUUUCGAGGAGAAAAUGUUGCGGGACCUGACACCGUUAGCCACGUCUUUGACGCGUCACCUAAAUCAGAUGAUCGACACCGCGUGCGCCAAGUACGCGUUGUGGCAGCAGAGGCGCGCUACGCUGCGGUAGUACUGCGAUACGCUGCCGUAGUACUUCAAUGCGCUGCGGCACUAUUACGAUACGCUGCAUCGGUACUACGAUACGCUGAGGUAACACUGCGAUAUGCUGUAUUAUAUAUUAAGAUACACUGUGGUAACACUACGAUAUGCUGUAUUAAUAUUACGACGCUGCGGUAAUACUACGAUACGCUGCGGCAGUACUACGAUACGCUGCGGCAGUACUACGAUACGUUGCGGCAGUACUACAAUACGCUGCAACGGUAUUCUGUCUUGUUGCACUAACUUGCUGUAAUAUACGAUAAAUUGCGGCAUUUCAAAUAUACAUUGUAGGAGUACUUGACACGCUUCGACAGUAUGAUAUACCUUGCGAUUGUACUCUAAUAGGCUGUGAUAGUACCAGCAUUAAUUGUGAUAGUACUCCAACCAGGCGUGUCUACUUGCCGUAGUACUACCAGAGAAUUGUUUAUUGCCGUAAAUUGACUGUUAUAACGGAAUAAAAUUUCGUGCCAUCUUAAAACCAGAUGAGAUUCAAAUAGUGCUACAAAUUAUAAUAGUUAUCUCAGAAACCCGUAAUCGCUACAAGCCACUUUUGUUUGAGCUUAUAUUUCUAUGUGCUAAUAAAGUUUUGGUAUAAAUACGAAAAGAUGGCGCUUAAUUGCUUUUUUUGUCGUUCCUAUCAAUGUUUAUGUUUUGAAUAUGUUAUAAUUUUAAUUAAUCAAUAAUUUUAAUUGAACUAGGUUAUAGAAGAGCGUUUGUCGCUUAUCGUGCGUCACUGAAUAAAUAUAUAUUUGAUAUAAAAUUACUUCACAAAUUUUUAUCUCAAAUCUCUUUUUCAUUUUAGCGCCAUCUAUCGUUGUCUUCUAUUAGUACUAAGUAGCGAUGCUGACGGAAAAUGUUAUACCUCCAAGUUCCAAUUUCAAAAUUUGAGAGUUUGUUUAUACGAGAUGGCUCAUCUAUUGUUAAAUUGUGGCAUAUGUGUCAUGUUUUAUUGGUGUAAACAGGUUUUAUAUUUAUGAUGGUAAAUAUAUAUAGUCUUUAAUACUAAAAAGGCACAAAUAUUAAUAUAAAAUUCUUUGUUAGUAUUACGAUAUGAUAUUUUGAUACACCUCAAUAGUACUGUGACAUGGUGUAGGUAGUACUCUGUUCUCGCUACGGUAGUUGAUCGAUACAAGGUUGUAUGGGGCCAUACGGGGCAACUGGUAUCUUUAGAGCGAUUUUGUAAAACGGUCUGUCAUUUUAAAACUAUAUUUUCCUAAUAGAAUACUCGUUAUCAUAUGUCUUUGUUCCGAAUCAUACAUAAGUGUUGUAUUGUUUGACAUAUUAGUUAAAAGUAACCAGAAUUGCUGAGUAUUGUACAGUAAAAAAUAACAGAACCGCGCUCAGCUACCAAUUAAACUCGUUUAAGUUCAAAAGAUAAUUUUAUCUAUUGAUUAUUUGUGUCUUAUUAUUUUAAUCGAAUUAAAAGAAACUAAAAAAAUUAUAUCAAUGAAGCAAUAAAAAAAAAAGUAAAUUUUCCCGCCAAAUAGUUCUUUUUAGUUCUCAUUAAUAAUAAUAAAAAAAAAACAAUAGCGUUUGACAUGAAGUUUGGAAAUUCUGUAGGGUAAUUUAAUUUGAUGGUUCCUAGGAUUCCUAGCCAAAGUCCAAAUAAGAAUGGAUUUAGGUGUUAGGCUGACCAUGCCUUAGUCUCACUAAAGUGUCGCUAUACAAGGAAAUUGCUUAUGGUAAAAUUCUCGGAAGUAUAUAACGCAUUAUAACUUCACAAAGGGAACUGCACAUAUGUAGGCUUUAUUACCAUUGUAAAUUAUAAAACAAAAUGGUAAAUAAACGUGGCCUAUAUACAUUGAGCGCUUAUAUACUGCAUCUGUAUAUAAGUUAUAUAGAAUUAUUUUAUAUAAGUUAUAUAUAACACUAUCGAUUGAGGACGAUUUUAAUUUUUUUUUUUAUAAAUUAAUGUUAUUUGCGUAUAGAACUAAACCGCAGUUUCACAUCCAAAGAGCCGCAGGUUGCCGACCCCUGAUGGAGUCACGAGUAAGAUCUAAAAAGCAAUCCUUAAAUACACAUACAUAAGUGCUCGAAAGUGCAUUUCCCAUGGGAAACAAUGUAAAUAAAAAAAAAAAAAUGUAUUAUAACAACGCAUCUGUGAAUGAAUAUCAUAUAAUUGUAUGUAUUAUAUUAAGGUAAUGUUUAAAUGUUGAUUGCAUUUUGUGAACCAAAUCGAAAUAGAUGGGGCGGUUACUCACUAAUUUUAUAGUUUUACGUAUAUAAUAACAUAAUGAUGUACAUGGAUCAAACACGUCUAGAUGGAGUGACGAGUGUAAAAAAAAAAACGUCUUUUUUUAAUGUGAUUUUAAAGUAUGAUGAACAAGCAUGCGGGUCACCUGGUGGUAAGUGAUCAUUAGCCCAUAGAUGCUUACAACAUAGCAGAUAUAUAGGUGUCAUCGUUGUGCGUUUUUGAUCUUUUAGAAUUUUAAAAAAUAAUCUUAAUACCAUUUUUUAAAUAUGGCCGACAUUUCUAACUGUUUCAAUAUUAAACCUCUUGUCAGCGUGUACUAAAGUAGAAUCAGUUUAUUUGAGAUAUCGUAUCACCGAUGAAAUCGCAGUAUCUCCGAGUCGAUGGAGCCAUAAUGUAAAAAAAAUUAAAAAAUAACAAACAUCUACAAGUACAAGUGUUUUUUAUUCUUCCGUUCUGUUCGAUAAGACAACGUAAUAAUUAUAAUAGGUUUUAGUUUUAUAUAUAUAUAUAUAUAUAUAUAUAUAUAUAUAUAUAUAUAUAUAUAUAUAUAUAUAUAUAUAUAUAUAUAUAUACACACAACAGAUAUAUGAAAAUUGAUAAUGUGCGCCAUUAAAAAAAACAGGUUGUUCCAAACAUUCGUCACUCUAUCUAGAUGAUAUCGCAUCUACUAACUACUUGUUAAGUAACACAUUUUUCAUAGUCAGGGGAUUUUUAGAAAUAAUACUAAUUUAAUUUGACAAGACCAUCUCCCGUUUUUGAUAUGAAUUUUAAGUUUAACAUUCAUUCUAUAUCCACAUAUUGGGUAGAGGCAGAAUUUUAAACGCCUAUUUUUUAAUAUAUAUAUAUUACAUAUUUCACGCGAUUUUAUAAUUCAACUCAUGCUUAUACGAGACUUGAACUUCCAUCUCGUUUCAAAAUUAAUAAUUAUAGUAAACUUAAUUUAAUAUAGAGUAUUUGUUUUAAAUAAACAAAAUAAAUUUUUUCUACAUUUUAUAUAUUUGAUAUGUUUAAAAUAAUUGGCAUAUUUUUUAUCAUUUAACAAUUAAUCUUUUACUGUAUCUGUUUAUUUUAUAUUAAUAUGCCAAGUACAUAUAAAAAAUAUAUAAUCAAUAGUAGUUUAAUAGUAGGUGUGGGUAAUAUAUAGUACUAAUAUUUAUAUAUUGAAGAUAUAAUAUCUAUAAUCUAACUAUGUAUCUAUUUAAGAGCUGCGCUCUUGUCGGUGGAGCUCUUGCCACUCACUACGAUUUUCAGCAUGUCUCUUCACCUCUUGAUACGACACGACACCAACUCCUUCCUUGAUCUGCCUGAUGUUACUGUCUCGGUCUCCCUCUCCCCCUCCUUCCUUCUAUCUUACCUUCUAUAAUAAUGUUCAUAAGUUCGUCGUGUCGUAUCAAGUGUCCCAGCAAUAUAUCUACAAUAUAUAGUACUGAUACCUAUAUAUUGAAGAUUAAAUAUCUACAAUAUAUACGGGCUCAAUAACGAAUAUGUUAUGUCUGAUAUCCAUUAUAUAAUAUCGAAAUUAAGAAGCCGAUCGACGUUUUUUCCGCCAUCAAUGUCCGGAGAAACUCAAUACAUAGAUAUCGGGUCAGUAUCCAUUACCCACACCUAUUUAAUAGUCUUGUCGAAUUAAUUUAAUUUAUUGAUUACGAAAGUAUCAGAGCAAAUUUAAUGAAAAUACUAACAAAAAAAAAAUUUUUUUUUUCUACAGCAGUUUUAAAAUCAAUUACAAUAUAGUACCUACUAUAUCAGUCAUUAAUAGCUGUAUGUUUAUUUAUGUUAAACCCACUUUGUAUUUAAUAAAUAACAAACAGACUGAAACAAUAGUGUAAAUAUUUAUUUAUAUGAUAUAGUAAUCUCCGAAACUGAGUAAAUAUCCGAAUUUGAGAUUAUAUCAACUGCCUACACGCGAUGUUAGUGUUUAAUAACAAUAAUGUAACAUUAUGUAAAUAGUAACGUGAUAUUGUAACUAUAUGUUAAUAGUAUUCCUUGUUUCGUGGUUGCGUUCAUUAUGUUUUUUUUUUUAUUAAUUUGUGUUGUUAUUGAUUAUCUAUUAGGCAUAUCAGUAUAUGUGUGGAUUGAUUUUAAUCGAUUUUUAUAUUAAAUGUAACAUUUAGGUGAAUGUUACAAUAAUUAUAAAAAUAGUUUUCUCAUCAAAAAGAUCACAAAUGAAAUUCUCGUCGUCGAAUGUUAAUGAUGUUAUUUGUAAAUUUAUUAUAAGGUUUGUAAAAAGAAUAUAAAUAUCAAUAUAACGGUCGGAGUUGUAACAAGUUAAAAUCCGUUGAUGAGUCUAUGAUGAAAGUGAACAAUUUUCCCCCAUGGACAUUGGUCGGAAUAUAUCUAUAAAAAAUUGUAGUUAUGUUGUAAAAAUUAUUUCCAUAUUUAGACCCACGCUCCUUGUGACACGUUCAGUUCCACUAAGAUAUUUCGGCUCGAUAAACUCUCUCCGUUAUUUAUAUGAAAGUGUAUGGAGUCUGAAUUAAUGAUAUUUUAUCAUAAGUACCUAAUAGUCAUAUCGCAAUUUGAUAAAUACAAGAUGUAACAACACUGAUACAGCAAGGAUGUAAUUGUGUUCGUUCCUUAUUUAAUUAAUGAAGUGGCGACAAUAAUCGCAUUAGUUUUGUAAGUGUAAAAAUCCAAAAUUUCUCGUGUUACCACGUCGGCUAAACUUAGGUUUAUAAAUACGUUUAGUACCUAUUGAAAAAAAAAAUUUUUUUUUCAUUCGUUAGCAAUUUGAUUUAUUGGAUAUAAAUGUAUGAAUAGUUUGAAACGGUUGAAGCAAUAAUAACUUUGUUGAGUUUUAUUUUUAGGAUCGUAUUCUGAAUAAUGUAACAUCGAGUGCAGAUUUGUUAUAUACGUCAUUACAAUUCAAAUGUCUCGUAUGUUGCAAUUAUGUUCCCGAUAAUUGUUAUUCUCAAUAGGGAUGGGUAAUAUACGUCAAUACCUAUAUAUUUUAGUUACAAUAUCUAUAUAUGGGCCUAACAUAUAUUAAAAUGAAAUGUUUUUUAAACAAUAUUUAAUGUCGAAAUGGAGAAUCCGAUCGAAAUUAAUAUAGAUAUCCGACUUGUAUAGGGGAUAUUGGAAUGGGUAAUGACUUUCCACCAUCGAUGCCCAAAUAAACCCAAUAUAUAUAUAUAUAUAUAUAUAUAUAUAUAUAUAUAUAUAUAUAUAUAUGUAGUGGUACCAAUAUUACCCAUGCCUAAUUCUCAAGAUCUCUAAUAUUUUUGUAAUGUCAAUUGUAGUGCGAUUAAGGGACAUAUUACGCUAUGAAAUAUAUAGGAUCAUGUAUAGAUGAAACCAAUGAUGUACGCUUAAGUAUAAUUAUUUUCAGUAAAGUUUCACAAUACAUAUAUAUGUAGCUUGGGAGAAAUCCAGUAAAGUCACGUUUCCACUUUGUAUUUGUAAAGUGUUCCGAUAUAUUUGACAGUGUAAUAAGUCUCUGUAACGAAUGUUUUUAUGCAUCGUGUAAUUAUUAUAUUUAUUAUUAAAUUGUACAUUUCAUUUGAUGUAUGCAACCAUCUUUUUUUUUUUUUUUAAUUCUAUGUUUAAAUGGAAUGUUACAAUAUGUAGAAAAAUUACAUGAUGCUAUAAUUUAAGUUUAUUAAAGAAAAAAAAGCGGAUUGGUAAAUUGAUUUGUUUUAUUUUAUGUACCUAAUUAAUAUGUGCGCAAUAAAACAUUUUUUUAAAUGAA